CAUGGCGUUGCUUCGCGAUCCAGAAUCCCUCAACUCGCACACAUCGAUUUCGUCGUCAAUACUCUUCUUCAUCAUCCAAUUCAAAAUGGAAGCAAAGACAAGGGAUCGACCCAUAUACAAAAGCUGCCCGACUCCGAGGCCUGAAGAGCAGAGCUUCGUUUAAACUCAUCGAGGCAAGUCUUAUGGCCGCAAAACACAAAAUUUUCGAGCGCGGGCAAACCGUGGUAGACCUGGCAAGCCUAU